UGGAUCAAAACCCAACAACACACACACACCAGUCCAUGCAUACGCAUAUGCACACAAUCCCUUGCAUACACGGGCUACUAUCUUCUUGUCGAUCAGUCAUGCUGCGUGCUCUGUAUAUCAGCAAUUCCACGUCUCUGUGGAUUUGCUUUCCGAGAAUUAUCCGACAUUUCCUUUCGCGUUUUUGCUUUUAUAAGUUUUGGGAGAUCAGAUUCGAGGAAUUUCGCAGAGGUAGCUUGAAUUCCUCCUUUUUUCUCUCGGCUUAUCAACCCUAACUGAUCCCUUCAAAAGUUCUCCAUAAGCCCACUUCAGCGAUUUAUUUGUAUAGAGUUUGUCUCCCCUUCAAUUUUUUUGGGUUCAGUCGAGAUUCUUUUUUGUGAAGUUUAUUGGGUUUGACGAUGUCAGCGAUGAAAUCAUCGGGCUGGGUGUACACGUUCGGGCUGGUAGCAGCGUGGUAUUCAUCCAACAUUGGGCUUUUGCUACUAAAUAAGUAUUUGUUGAGCAAUUACGGGUUCAAGUACCCGAUUUUCUUGACCAUGUGCCACAUGACGGUGUGCUCGUUGCUGAGCUACAUUGCGAUUGUGUGGAUGAAGAUGGUGCCAAUGCAUUCUGUAAAUUCUAGGGUUCAGUUCAUGAAGAUCUCCGCUCUCAGCUUGAUUUUCUGCGCUUCGGUUGUUAGCGCCAAUAUUUCGCUCAAAUAUUUGCCCGUUAGCUUCAACCAGGCUAUUGGCGCCACCACGCCUUUCUUUACGGCCGUAUUUGCGUACCUAAUUACUCUGAAAAUGGAAUCGUGGUUGACUUACGUGACUUUGAUUCCCGUGGUUGCUGGAGUCAUUAUUGCUAGUGGGGGUGAGCCUAGUUUCCAUUUGUUUGGAUUUAUCAUGUGUCUUGGUGCAACAGCUGCAAGGGCACUCAAAUCCGUGGGUCAGGAGAUUUUACUUUCAUCUGAGGAGGAGAAACUGGAUUCUAUGAAUCUGCUCCUGUACAUGGCUCCUAUAGCUGUUGUAUUAUUACUUCCUGUAACGCUUUUUGUGGAGGAAAAUGUCGUCAGUAUAACAUUGGCAUUAGCAAGAGAAGAUACAAGAAUUAUCUGGUUGCUGCUCUUCAAUUCUGCGCUGGCGUAUUUUGUAAAUUUAACCAAUUUUUUGGUCACAAAGCAUACCAGUGCUUUAACUCUUCAGGUCCUGGGAAAUGCAAAAGGGGCAGUGGCAGUGGUAGUCUCCAUAUUGAUAUUCAAGAAUCCUAUCUCGGCUACCGGAAUGCUUGGAUAUAGUCUGACCGUCUUCGGAGUUAUCCUCUAUGGUGAAGCAAACAAGCGUAGUAAAUGAAAAUGUAACAUGUUGGAGAAGUAUCAGCUGCAAUAUCCAUCUACUUUCUGAUAUAUAUGAAAAGGUUUAACCAUCUAACGUACGCAAAUCCCAGUGAUGUACAUGCAGUCAGUAUAUGUAUUCAGGCCCUCAAGACCUAUAUUUGCUCGGAGACCAGAGGCCGAGGCUGAGGCUUCAACAUGUACCAGCAAACAAAUGGACCGUUUAGUGGUGUAGAAGUUUCAAUAAGUCACUCAAAUGUCCUACUUCUUCCCAGUCAUGGGUUUUACCUUGUAUUCUUUAACGAAUGGAUUUGAAUCCCUCCACACAGCUUGUGAUUAUAAUGUUCUUAUACCAAUUUGCCAAAAAAGGAUAGGAUUUACCAGUUUGUUACCUCCUCAGUCCGCUACAAAGUAUUAUGUCUACUUUUCUUUUAUUAUUAUUAUAAAAUGAAUAUUGGCCAGAUUUGCAAUGUGUACAACAAAGCUAUAAGGGUGGCAUUGCCGCCUUCAAUCAAUUUAAUCAUUUAUGCAUGCAUGUCAAGUAUAUAUCGUCACUCACGUUGAUAUGGCCAUCAAAAUAUGAUCGAAGAUCCCACCAGAAUGCAAAACAAUGAAAACGGCAUUUGUCCUUCCUUUAUAUACAAUGCAGCAUUGUAUUCUAUUGUCACUAAGAUAAUACAAAUCGAAAGCAUUAAUUUGCCCUGAUUCUAAUUUGAAAUUUUUUAUGAAAAUUAGUAUAAGAGAUGUCUUAUCUACAAAAAUUUCAAAAGAUAAUGAAUGUGGCUUCUAACGAGAUGUAUUCUUUUUGGCAUAGUAAGUUUCACACAAAAUUCACACAAGUCAACUUCAAGACUAUAAAACCAGUUAAUAAAUUUGAGAAAAAAACAAAACAAUUCCCAAAAUUUGCUUGAACACAGAAUUGGAAAAUGGAACAAUGGGGGAUGACAACUGUGUAUUGCUUCAAUAUUGCCUUAAAAGCACUGUUGGGAAAUCUGAACAUCUCAUAAAUGGAAUGUAAAAGCAGCCCCAGCAGUACACAGCUGGGAAAAGAA